UUCAACAAGAUAGUACUGAUGUAUUUUGAUCGAUUCCAUUGUACCAAACUGUAGGUGCAUGCAAGCGCCAGCCGAUGCCAUCCGAAUAUCAACCUUAUUACACACUCAUUCUCGUUCCUUCUUGUUUCGCACCUCACGACGGCUUACUAAGACAAGCUUAUACAUUUGUAUUGAUAUCUCAUUUUUUUACGGUUUUUCCCCUAGCUUCUGCUGCCCAUUGUGGGGCUAUGCGGCAUCGACGGAGGGGGUUACCCCCAAUCUGACUUAGUGAUCUUGACUUCACUGCUGAAAAAUGCCAAACUACCUGCACAUGUAUCUGUGCCUGACUCUCAAACAACAAAGUCGUCUGUUAUACCAAGCUCGAUUACGUCACUGGCCUCUCAAACAACUCCUGCUGAGAAGCAACCCCCGUCGAACGCCCAAAGACGUUCUGAUGCUUUGUUGGAACAAUUGACUGCACCACUGCGGAACCCCGUGACGUCGAUGACGUCAUCUCAGGUGGCGCCCGCCACAGCUGUUCAGUCGCCCGGGAGCAAGGACAGCUUGGAGAGUGCAAAAGAUGGAAAUGCUGCACAACAGUCAUCUAUUGAUAUGAAGAAGUGGGUGGCAUCAACAUGCUCGUCGUUGCUGAUGGAGCUAAGAGCUGGCUCUGUGGUGCUGAAGGUGUGCGCCUCCCUGCCGUGCCUGCAGCGCUACCUAAACCGCUGGCAGGCAGCUAAGGAAUCUGCCAUCGCGCCUCAAUUCAACUCUGAUGCCUCACUUCUUCACUUCCUCGUGAACGAAGUACAUGUCUGUCGUCUGGCUUUGUCCCUGCCUUGCUUGGAACCAUUCACUCCGGAACGUAUCGUGACACUCAGUGACGUCAGCAUCGCAGGCUUACUUUGCGCUACUGCUCAGGCGUCCCUUCACCCGAAAGACGAGGAGUAUGAACAGCAGACGGCAACACUGGUGGAGAGUGCACUCAGCCUGUACAACACAGUCGGGGAGACCUUCAAACAGUCUACCCGUGCCGGUGGAUACGUAUAUCAAAACCACCUGAUGAUUGGGAGCUGGGUGUUACUGUGUGGUUUGCACCACGCGCUGGCGGGCGCGCCUUGCCCUACUACUACUACUGCUGGCAAGAGCCCUGCCAAGACUCCGUCCAGACCUUACAAUCUCACCAAAAUGCAACAAGGUUUGGGAGUAGUAUGGGUGGCUCUGGGCGGUCGUUGCCUAGCGUGGGUAGGCGCUCUACUGUCGGACGCUCGACUGGAAGCGCUCAGCUGUGGCGAGGCGGUGGCGGCUUCCUCGCCCGCGCCAUUACACAUACUGGCACAACACACUGCGCAUCAAAGGGAACUUAGGCUUGCAUCCGCUGCACCAUUGCAUCAGCUUCUCGUGGCGUUGGGCGUAGUAUGCUACCGCAAGGCGACCAACUUGAAGCGCGCCGUAGUACAGAAACAGCACCAGGAUGCCGACCCUGACCGUUCAGACUCCACUGUUUACUUCCAAGACAUGAUACUUUGCUCCGAGGACUCGGAGACUGAUGAUGACAGUGAACCGCUGUUCGGUUUGUGGUUCGAGUCGACGCUGGUAGCUCCGGACGCGACCGACAACAGCGGUCUAGUUCGAGCGUCGGGUAACGCUGACAGUAACGACAAUACUGACACGCCGCAGCGACCGCACCAGGCCAUCGUGCCAGACAAGGCUGAGCCUUAUUCUUACAUAACUCUAGCUACGGAAGUAUUCACACUGCUGACAGAGGAGAUCAUCAGCGAGGGUUCAGACCGCUUGGGCCAGCACUCUCUGCAGCUCCAUGACGCACACCAAGCUCUACUCGCUGCCUUGGCCAAGGACUUGGAUAGAGAGACCGCUCGUACUGACACUGGUACAAUUUCAUCAUGCUUCGGGGCCCGCUUGGGAGCCUUAUAUGGAGGCUUCAGUGCGGCCCUAGUGCGCUACCUGCACAACCUGAGCGGUGCGCCGGCCUUCGCCUCCCUACAGCCCGCCCUGCAUCAGCAACUCAUAUCUGCAGGCUCAGAACGAACCAACAUGACUCCAUUGCAGGUUGGUCCACGAGUAGUGAAACUGCUAGGCGGUAUGGUACUAAGCAAGCAAGCCGCUGAGCGAGAGAACAGUAUCCUCGCUAUGUGGCACAAGAUUGUCAACACGCUACAGGAGUGCGCCUUACAAGCUCAGCCCUCACAGGACCAUGACUAUGAAGACUUAAAUGUUGAACACGCUCAGCUGUUGGUGUAUCUGUUCCAUUCGUUGACGCUAAUGCAGAAGAAAUCUGUGCUGCUCAUGACCUCAAACGCGAUUAUAAAAGUGGUAGAAACAUUGGCGAUCAGUGACAGGAAGCGAGCAAUGAACCUGGCUCCCCACCAGCUCAUGUUGACGACUAGACUGAUGCUGCUCCUUGAGUACCUAAUGAGGCAUCUCUAUGACGCACCUCAAACUCUCCUGCAGCAGAUUGAAUGGAACUUGGUAAUAGCACCAGGUUUAGCUCAGCCCACGACCGAAGCGAAUGCCAACGGCAACAAGACCACCACGAAUGGGCAGCCAAAGUCUCGCAUCUACUGUGAAGUACCGCAGAUUGAACAGGCGUACAGGCGACUGUCUCAGGACGAAACUUCUAUGAGGCCAAAGUUCUACGCUUUGACUAACGCUGAGAUUAAUAACCAGGAAAAUCCAAAAUUCGACGGCCUAGCAUGCAACUUCGUGUUGGGAACGCCCCACAAGCUGAAGUACCCGCUCCUGCUGGACGCGCUGCUGGCCUUGCUGAACUCGGCGUGUUUGUGCGACAACAGCCAGUACCACGGCUCGCCCGCCGCGCUAGCCGCCGCUCAUUACUGCUUCCAAACUGCUUGGAGAUUGGUAAUAAGCAUGCCUCCAGCGACUCCUCACAUGGACAAGCUACAAGCAGGCACGGCCGCCGACCUGCCGUCUCCGUUACCACUGCACGCUGUUAUAUGGGCGCCACGAGCUGACAACAAGAAAGUAUUCAACCCCUGGCUGAAAGACGCUCUUGUUAAGCAGGGAAUGUACACUCAGUAUGCGGAGAACCUCCUCGCCGGCGUAAGCGCAUCGUGCGACAACAUCAAAUAUACAGCGUGGUUAGCUUCUGAAACAAUCAAGCAUCUGAAACAGAAUAUCACUGCAAACGGCUUGCCAUCUCUCCUGGACGUGAUUUCUUGUGACUCUGCUCUGGUGAGGUUCAAAGUAUGCCUCGCUGACUCCUCCACGCCAUCCGAAGCACAUCAGUUCAUGCCUGAUUUACUGGAUUUGUUGGAGACAGUACUGGACUGUUGUCGACUUAGUGCUGGUCUCGAACUCGAGGGCCUUAUGGAGAGUUCAAGUAACCCUUCCGAUAUUGCUGUAAGCAAGGCUCACUUACAAGUGUGUGGUACUUCUGGUCCGGUCGGCAAUGCGGCAGGUAGUACUCCGCCACCUGCCCUCGGCGCGUGGCUGAGAGCUCAUUUACCACCAAACGCUGCAGCUGCGCUCGAUAGACUGACGACUACGCCAUCUUUGGCUUGCAUGAACUUGGCAUUCUACGCAAAUCACAUAAUACCAUCAGAGAGUGCAGUGUUGGCCUUGGUGUCGGCACACUGCGAAUUGAUUACAGCGAAUACAAAGUACUCCAUCGGCUCAUCCCUGAUGAUGCUCGCUUAUUCGGCUGCGAAACUUCUUGAAGUCGGCGCUAGUAAGCUCGCUGACAACCCUGAGCUUAUGAAGAAGACGCUUGACCUGAUUAUACCAGCUUUGAUGGAUGGCCGUCUUGAGUUCAUGUCGGAGCCACUGGCAGCCACCUUGAAUACCCUGGUACCGCAAGUCCAGAAGGCGGAACAACUUAUACACGAGCACAUCAUCAAGACCACAUACAAUGUUCUCGUUGAACACCUGCAACCCUCCACUGAGAAAACUUUGAGACAUAUGGUAAAAUACUGGGAGAAGAUUCUAGACCGGCCUGCGGGCAGAUUGGCGUACGAGAAAGUGUUCGCCGAUAAUUCUGGUUAUUCUCUCGGCAAGAUACUUUUGUCAGCGCCCAAUGCAAGAAACCCUUACGCUGAGAGGGUUAUUAAGUUGUUUAUAAAGAUUUUCUCUGGUUGCGAGAACGAUUUGAACAGUAAUCUAUGUGUAUCAGUAUGCAAGUUCAUUGGUGUCGCUGAUCAACAAAAACUAUCGACGCUUCUGGCUCAUAUAUGUUUGGGCGGAUCUGCGUCAGCAGGUGGAACCGCAGGCACUGCUAAUGGUACCCCUACAGAAACAGAGCUGCCAACCCCUACAUCAUCAGCUCCGGACGCUGGUGGCAACCCUGCUUCGCUCGCAUUGCGCAACGCUUUGCGCAGCGUGUUCCGCAGUGAGAGUAGUGACGCUGCCACACGUAACGAUUCCAAUGCGCAAAGAAAUGAUUCUGAUCUACCUGUAUUUGAUACACCUUCGCCUGCUCCUAGAGCGCAAUCAGACACCGCACAGCAAUCCGCUAAUUCAGAGAGUUGUAGCUGGUCAGACGGCAGUAAGGAGAGCGGAGGGGCUGGUACUACGGCGGCGGCAGUCGCUGAGCCCGCCCCCGCCCCUCUCACGGACGCGGCCAACGACAACGCAGCUCUAUUGUCCGCUUUGUGCAAGCACGUUGUACAACACUGUGGUGAGGACGUGAGCGAGCGCAUGCUGAGUACGUUGGUGUCGGUGUGCGGGGAGUCAGCGUGCUCCCCCCUCCUGCUGCGGGAGAUGUGCCGGCUGGCCGACGCCCACGCCGGGCACGACCAUCGCCAGCUCUUCCCCGCCGCCGUCGGGUGGCUGGCUAACUGCGUGGACAACUUGGGCAGUCAAGAAGUGCUCGAUAAAUUGGAAGAGGGACAGGUGGAUGCGACCCUGGCCCCGCAGAUCGAGUCCGCUUGCGUACUCCUGUCCUACCUGGCGGACGCUCUGCAUGCUAUCAAUACUACACAGCCCCACACGUGGCGUUCGGUUAGCCCAACGUGGGAGUCGCCGUCCGACCUUGGUUUCGAUUUGGACUACACCGAUGAACAACAAGAUGACGAUGACACUAGCGCUGAUGAUUCAGACGAAGACGCAAUGCUGCAGUACAAGCUAUGCACGUUCACGGUGACGCAGCGAGAGUUCAUGAACCAGCACUGGUACCACUGCCACACGUGCAAGAUGGUGGACGGCGUCGGCGUCUGCACCGUCUGCGCCAGGGUCUGCCAUCGGGGACACGACGUGUCUUACGCAAAGUUUGGCAACUUCUUCUGCGACUGUGGAGCUAAACCUGACUCUAGUUGUCAAGCUCUAGUGAAACGGUCGAUGACAUUGGGCGCAGCUCGCGGCAAUGGCGCGGAAGAGAGUGCUCCGGCGCCCUCUCUGCGCCGCCGUCCGUCCAGUCCGGCGCCGCCAGCCAUACUGGCGCCGCCUAGACGCCCCGUUUUGGCUUCUAAUAUCCAAGGUUGUCGUGAAUUCCUGUCGUCGUACGGCGGCUGGGCGGCGUGCAUGGAGCGCGCGCGUCGCCUGCUGGAGUGGCUGGCGGGCCCCGUGCGCGCCGCGUGCGAGCGCGCCGCGCCCACCGGCGCACACGCCCGCGCACAGCGCGCGCUCGCGCAGCUGCACCUUGGGGAGAAGAAGUUCACGCACACCGACAACUUGAUGCUGCCUACUCUUGGUUCCCAAGAAGGCGCAUUCGAGAACGUACGCAUGUCGUACACGGGCGAGACUGGACAGACGAUCCGACAACUGAUGUCUACGCACAAGCUGCGGCGCGUCGCAAUGUGCUGCCUCGCCUCGCCACAGGGGCGGCGCCAGCACCUCGCCGUGUCGCAUGAGAAAGGAAAAAUCACCGUCUUACAAUUAUCUGCGCUCCUGAAGCAGACGGAUUCGUCUAAACACAAGUUGACUCUGACGCACUUGUCGUCUGCCCCCAUACCGUUUAUGGUGCUCAGUCUCAGUGGAAACCCAUGGAAUGAGGAUUUAUUGGCUGUCUGCGGGCUCAAGGAGUGUCAUGUGCUUACGUUCAAUAGUGGUGGUGCCGUAGCCGACCAUCUAGUUCUCAACACCGGUUUGGAAGGCAACAACUACGUCAUCAAAGCCAUAUGGCUGCCCGGCUCACAGACACAGCUCGCUCUCGUCACAUCAGAUUUCGUGAAGAUUUACGACCUGAGCAAGGAUCUCAACAACCCUAUGCACCACUUCCUCGUACCCAGCGGAAAGGUGCGCGACGUGACGUUCGUGAACCAGGACGGCGUGAUGCACAUGCUGUGCAUGAGCUCGGCGGGGCACAUCUACUGGCAGCCCAUGAGCGAGGAGUCGCGCGCCGCGCUCGGCACCUUCUACGUCACCAACACGCUAGAGGUGCUCCAUCCGGAGAUACAGGACGUUGCUGGGUUGGUCGGUGGUGGUGGAGUCUCCAUAUACUACUCCCAUACGCUCAAGAUGCUGUUCUUCUCAUACGCGCAAGGCAAAAGCUUCCUGGCACCACUUAACACUGUCGAAGAAAGUCUCAAAGGCACAGCAAUGAUCACACUAUCGACGACAUUAACUCAGAAGGAGGGAGGUCGCGGCGGCGGCAAGCAAGGAGUGCAGUCACUGUGCCAGUGGGCCGAAGUGCCCGGCCACCCUGGCCUAGUCACCGCAGUCAUGCAGGCUUCUAACAACCCCGUCGUUCUGAUGUUAACGCCUACCAAUAUCUUCGUCCAGGAGAUUAAGGUGGUUCCCGCUAAAGCGAAGAUAACAGACAUGGUAGCCGUCCGGCACUGGUACGGCGGCGGCGGCGAACAGAAGAGCACUCUGAUCUUACUGUGUGAAGACGGCAGCCUGCGUAUAUACGCCGCCAGCAACGAACAUACCGGCUACUGGCUCUCGCCCGCCAUACAACCCACGCACGCGCCCAGGCGCCGUCCGAGGCUACUGACGCAUGCUAAGGGAAAACAACAACAGGUUGUAACGAAAUCCAACGCCAAUGGAGCUCCGCAAUUCCCGAUUGACUUCUUCGAGCAUUGCGUCGCGAUGAACGAUAUUGAAUAUGGCGGUAACGAUCUUCUACAAGUUUACAACACUGCACAGAUUAAAAUCCGGCUCAAUACUACUGGUUUGUACGUAGUAUCCACAAAGAUGAGUGGAUUCUCAUUGGAAGUGAUGAACUCGGAUCCCAACAUGGUUAUCUGCGGUAUACGAGUACUGCUCGGCACUCAAGACGUUGCUCGAACACCGUCCUUUGUUGAGGUAUAUGGAAGAUCGAUCCAAACAAUAGUGGUGCGCAACCGAUGGUUCGACAUACCCCUCACACGAGAGGAGUCACUCCAAUCUGACAAGAAGCUGGUUAUCAACUUUGGACCUUCGCAAGACCCUGAUGGCGUUACCAUGGUCGAUUCAGUUAAGGUGUAUGGUAAAAAUAAGGAGCAGUUUGGAUGGCCUGAAGACAAUGAAGAUCCAUCUGCUUGCCCUUCAUCCAGUAAAGUUGCACAAGAAGGUGAAGGUUCAGGUGGUGCUUGGAAGCCGAGUCCACUGGAGCGCCUCGCCUGCGCGGCUCUGGAAGCUCUCGAGCUGGGCGCGGGAGCGUCGGCCGCCGGGGCGCAGGCGGCCGCCGAGCCCGCGCGCAGGCUGCUCUGUGCCCCCGCGCCCCCACACCUGCAUGCACGAGCUCAGUGUCUGCUGAGGGCCCUGCAUCAUACUCACUACCACCAGUACAAGGACCAAGCUAUCCUUAAAUACGUGUGCACUUCAUUGCGGGAACUCCGCGACACGGCUGAUCCUCACAACAUCGAUCCUGAAGCGUACUUCAGAUUAGUCUUAUUGGCUCGAGGAGUCGCUGUGGCUAGACCACACCAUCUCGUCAAAUACAGCGCUCCCACACCACAGAGACCACCGAAUGGUGACUGGUCAGUUUUCUGGAAGGGAGACAAUCAAGACGAGAAGGAGAAGGAACCGCAUCUCUGUGCGUUACUGACUAGCGUACUAUGGCGGUUGGCCGCAUGUCGCGCUUCUACCGCGCAGCCCCCGGGCAUCCUCUCGUACGGCCUCAGACACCCGGAGCACACCAUGCAUGCUCUCGCUGAUACCGUACAUGCUUUCCAACUACAUGGUGAGCCGGAAUGUGUCGAAUUCGGCAAUCAAAUAUACCUAUCAUUGCUGCUGGCGGAGGACCAGAGCAUAAGCUUUGGAGCUAAAGCCGCUUUGAUGAGAGUUCUGCGCCCCAGAGUGAAGAGGCGCCGCGUCUACAUACCAUCACCACCGAACACUCCUGGAACUGCCGCUGGAUCAUCAGUAACUACAGCUCAGCCGACGAGCUCGAUCACAGAAGCAGUGGUCUCAGAGUCAGACCUGAGUGCCAACCGCGACGAGCAACAAGAAAAUCAGUUCAUGGAUGUUGACGAUUCACUGGAACCCAUGGUGCUGCUGGCUCCUGAUGGAGGUCUGGAAGCCCUACUGGACAUACCACCAGACGCGGACGACGAGACGAUGGUGGAGCUGGCGAUAGCCCUGUCCCUGCAGGAACAGCCCCGCCGCGCCCCGCCCGCACCCUCGGCCCCGCCGCCGCCUGCCCCAGGGUUCAGCGAUGCUACUGCGUCUCCUCCAGCAUCUGACGACGAGGGCAGUACCGCUGCGACAGACGGCAGUACGCUCCGUACAUCGCCGGCCGAGCCGCCUGGUUCCGCUGGCUCCGAAUCUGGAGGCUCCGGGGCUGAUUCUAUCGGAGGGGUGUCGGGACGUAGCAGUGCAUAUGGAGAAAUGGUGUCAGCUCCAUCCGCUGGAACGAUGCCUGCCUCCAAUAUCAUCGCGGCUCCUGUAGCAAUUACAGCUGGCCCCUCAACAUCAUCGAGUCAGCCCGUAGCGUCCACGUCCCGUACGAUGGAGGCCGAGAGCGAGACACGCAAGCUUCACGCUCUCCGUCUCUCUCUACUGUCCGCUGCGUUAGACGCCUUGCCGUCACUGAGGUUCUUGCCCGGAGUCAGGGCUAUACCAUUCGUGCAGGUGGUACUCAUGCUCGCUGGUGACCUAGACUCCAGCGUGGAAGGCGACCGUACAGUCUUAGACAGAUUGCUCGAAUUACUUGUGUCCGAGCUCGACAUUCAGAGCGAAGAGAACCCAGAGGAACGCACAGACAGGAGAGAGUUACAACUCGCUAUUAUGCGCCUCGAGUUGUUAGUCUCUGAACUUGAUAUGCACGGAGACGAAACCCCGCCCCCUAUACACGAGAGGACCAAUAGGAGAGAGCUACAGUUGGUCAUCAUGAGGUUGUUGAGUGUCCUGAUGGCUCGCUGGAAGACGUCAGCGUCAGGCGGGCCGGUGCCGCGCGCGGAGGUGACGGGCGGCGCGUGCGCAGCGCACGUGUCGCGGCUGGCGGCCGCCGCGCUCGUCCGCGCCGGCGCGCCUGCGCACUGCUUCCGAGUGCUCUCUGCGCUACUGCCGUAUUGGAAGGAGAAGACUUCUAGUUCAGGCACAGCAACAACCGGCCAGACACUCCUGAAACCGCAACCACCUCAACCAUUGCCAGAUAUGCAGCCUUUCUUCGUGAAGGAGUAUGUCAAGAGUCACGCGCUAGACGUGUUCGACAACUACCCGCAACUACUGAUGGAGAUGGCGCUCCGCCUCCCCUGCCAGAUACACAAGCACUGCGACCCCGCGCACUUCGACCAGCGCUGGCGGACCCUGCUCUGCGAGUACAUGAUGAACCAACAGACUCCGCUCAGAAAGCAAGUGCGCAAACUCCUACUACUACUCUGCGGUACCCGGGAACGUUACCGUCAACUACGCGACGUACACGCACUCGACACGCAUCUUAACGCGGCGCGCGCCUUGCUCGCCACCGACCCGGCGUACGACAAGCUCGUCCAACUCAUGGACCAUUUGAAGGCUUGCGCGGAAAUAGUAAGCGCUCGAACCGGUAACUGGCAGCAUACGUGCGCGACUGAGCGGCGCGAAGCCCUCGCGUGGUUGGUGACGGUGGCCAGGCGGGUGCACCCGCACGUGGCCCCCACUGUACUGCAGCUACUGCAGGCCGCCUUAUGUGCACCGCCGCACCAUCAACGCGCCAGCGAAAGCGCUAAGAAACCCUUACAGCAGAACUCGGCGGACUGGCCUGACCGCGAGCGCAGCGCUGAGAACGAUGCCUUCACCACUGACGGAUCCAAGUUCCAAGAGCAAAGAGUUGGACCUCUCGUUCAACAGAUUUUAAAACAGGUUUCUCAAGAAGAAUUGAGGAUGUUCGUCAAGGCAUUCUUGCUUGAGACCAAUUCAACUGCUGUGCGUUGGCAAGCUCACGCUUUGCUGCUCGCUAUUUACAACAACUCAGCGCAAGCCGACCAAGCUUCCUUGGUAUCUCUUCUGUGGGGUAUCUGGCCGACACUACCGCAGUACGGACGUAAAGCCGCGCAGUUCGUUGACCUUCUCGGAUACUUCACACUCAAGACACCUAACAUUGAUACUGAGAAAUACGUAGGCAGCGCCGUGGAAUUACUCCGCAAUCAGAACCAGCUUCUCUCCUCUCACGGUAACGCAGCCCUAUACGCGGCGCUCGGGUCCUACGUCGAGCUUGACGGGUACUACCUCGAGUCGGAACCCUGCCUCGUCUGCAACAACCCUGAGGUUCCCAUGGCAACCAUCAAACUACCCACUAUCAAGAUCGACUCGAAGUUCACGACGACCACUCAGAUUGUGAAGCUGGUGAACAGUCACAUGAUCAGUCGCAUCAACCUUCGCAUCAGCGACAUUAAGAGGAGCAAAAUGGUGCGGACCAUCAACUUCUAUUACAAUAAUAGAACUGUGCAAGCCGUGCAAGAACUCAAGAAUAGACCUGGUAUGUGGCACAAAGCGAAGCGCGUGCAACUUCAGUCGGGUCAGUCUGAAGUGCGCGUCGACUUCCCUCUGCCCAUCGUCGCUUGCAACCUUAUGAUGGAGUACGCUGACUUUUACGAGAAUCAACAGGCUACUGGUGAGUCUUUGCAAUGUCCGCGGUGCUCACAGUCUGUGCCAGCUAACCCGGGCGUCUGCGCUAACUGCGGAGAGAACGUCUUCCAAUGUCACAAGUGUCGUGCAAUCAACUACGACGAGAAAGACCCGUUCCUGUGUCACGCGUGCGGCUUCUGUAAGUACGCGAAGUUUGACUACACACUGACGGCGCGUCCCUGCUGCGCCGUCGACACUAUCGAGAACGACGAGGAGCGCAAGAAGAUGGUGCAGACUAUUGGCGCGUUGCUGGACAAAGCGGAUCGAGUGUACCGCCAGUUGACGUCUAAUAAACCUGUCUUGGAGUCCCUUCUCCACAAGAUCAGCGAGCAUCGUCUGGAAGGUCGUUCAGCAGACGAGAAUAGUAACGCAAGCAACACAUCGUUUAGUGGCGCACAAAUCAACCGCGUCAUACAAACUCUUGCGCACAAGUACUGCGUCGAAAGCAAGGGACACUUCGAGGACCUCUCCAAGAUCAUUCAGAAGGUGCUGGCCUGCAGGAAAGAACUGGUGGCAUUCGAUAGAUCGCAGAGCGAAUUGACGAAAGGUGAUACAUUGCCUGUCUACGCUGGGUUGCUGCAAAACUACGACGGCGAUGUAACCAAAGGCGGAGGUUGCUACGGCUGCGCGCUGUCGUGCGCGGAGCACUGCCUGACGUUGCUGCGCGCGCUGGCCUCGCAGACGGAGCACCGCGCGCGACUCUGCCGCUUCGGCCUCGUACAGGAACUCGUGCAGCACAACCUGCAUCGGGGUACUCCACAGUGCCAAGAGGAAGUGCGUGCAUUGAUCUGCCUCGUCACCCGCGACAAUCUCCCGGCGACGGAGCAACUCUGCAACUUAUUGUCGCAACGUAUCACUCUCUCACUCAUGGGCCACGCUGCUUCACAAGAUCAUAACAAUUCAGUGCGUCCGUUGGUACUGCUUCUGGGCUCUCUUGUGAAAGUACAAGAUUCAGUCGAAUGCUGGGAGGCGAGGCUUAGAUGUAUUGUGAAGUUAUGGGUUUGGUGUUGUCCACAACUGACGGAGGUGGCCGGUAUAACACCCGCCGCUAAUACCAUCCUGAAUGCGGAAGCUUUGGCUGGCAUCCCCGGCAUCAACUCGUCUUCGCCUAACUUUUUGUCGUGCCACACAGCGCACCAGUUCGCGCUGCAGCAGGUGGCGCUGCCGUGCCUGCGCUACAUGCAGCAGCUCAUGGCGCCCGCGCCGCCCGCCGCCGCGCCGCCCGCCGCCGCGCCCGCGCCCGCCUCCGCCGCUACUGACGGGGAACCGCCUAAGGACGCCGCCAAGGAUCCAGCGCCAACAGCGACUCCUGCAAGCGGUACGGCCGCAGCAUCGUCGUCGGGUAACGUGGUGGUGGACCUGGCGGCCUGGCUGGCCGGCCGCGUGCCCCACGCACAGUGGCGCCGUCUGGCCUGCGCACGCGCACCGCGCCCGCAUACUCCCGCGACACAACUACGCGACUUACAUCUCGCCACUAAGUACCUCGCUAAAUGGAGGGAAAGGACGAUGUUAUCUCACGGCAUGCGCCCAUUGGCACUAGAAGACGGCGGCUGGCUCCGACCUGUGAUGUUCGAUCCAAGCUCACGUAUUGCCCGCGACACCGCCUGUCAGAUGGUCAAGUCACUCUGCGACUCGUACGAAAGGACUAAGGCUGUUCUAAUCUUGCUAACCAGCUUCCUACCUGAAGUUGGUUCUGCGGGAGAAGCCAGCGAGCAAUUCUUGCAACUUUAUCAAACUCUGGCGUCUGAAGCACCAUGGAAACAAUUCCUGGCUUUGCGCGGCGUUCUCCAACAGAUAGCCGACCUGAUGACCAAGGAGAUCGAACAGCUCCAUCGCCUUGAAGAAACUACGCUCACUUCCGAUUUGGCGCAAGGCUACGCGCUAAAACGUCUGACGGAGCUGUUAGCAAUGUUCCUGGAGGAGAGCGGCGCGCGUCGCACGUACAAGGGGCGGCUGGUGGGCGCCGUGCUGGGCGGGUACCUGUCUCUGCGCCGCCUCGUCGUACAGCGCACGCGGCUCACUGACGACACGCAGGAGAAACUUCUAGAACUGCUCGAGGAGAUGACUACUGGUACGGAAGCAGAAACGGCAGAAUUUAUGGCCGUCUGCAUAGAGACCGUGCAGAAAUACCCACUGCACGACUACCGCACUCCUGUGUUUAUAUUCGAGAGGCUCUGUUCCAUCAUUUACCCGGAGGAGAACGAUGUCGGGGAGUUCUUCCUUACGCUGGAGAAGGAUCCGCAGCAGGAAGACUUCUUACAGGGUCGUAUGUUGGGCAAUCCAUACUCGUCUCUGGAGCCGGGCAUGGGUCCUCUAAUGCGAGAUGUGAAGAACAAGAUAUGUACCGACUGCGAACUGGUCGCCCUGCUAGAAGACGACAACGGUAUGGAACUACUCGUGUGCAAUAAGAUCAUGUCGCUCGAUCUACCUGUCAAGGAGGUUUAUAAAAAGGUGUGGUGCACGUCUGGUGAAGGUGUAGACGCGAUGCGCGUGGUGUACCGUAUGCGAGGAUUGCUCGGAGAUGCGACCGAAGAGUUCGUCGAGCGACUCACACAAGCCAAUGCUGAAGCUGUGGACGACGAACAACUGUACCGAAUGGCUAAUGUGCUUGCUGAUUGUGGCGGCAUCGAGGUGAUGCUGCAGCGCCUGGCGGCGAUCCAGCGCGUGGGCGCGGCGCGCGCGCUGGUGUCGACGCUGCUGCGGCUGGUGUCGCUGUGCACGCGCGUGCGGCGCUGCGUGCGCGUGCUCACCCGCGCCGCCACGCGCGCGCUGCCCGUGCUGCUGCACGCGCUGCAUCUCGCCGCCAUCGAGGAGAAGGACAUGGCGCGCGCGCAUCUCGUCUACCAGCUGCUAGAGAUAAUGGAGCGCAUCCUAUCAGUCGCUGCAAGCGAGAGCCUGGAGUCCUUCCUACAGUUUUCGCUGACUUUCGGCGGACCAGAGUACGUGCAGGCACUACUCAACUGUACUGAAUGCCCAGGAAUCCGCAGUAACUCAGUAGCUCUCGGCCAUUUGACCCGCGUAUUAGCCGCGCUAGUAUACGGCAAUGAUCUCAAGAUGGCGAUGUUAGUCGACCAUUUCAAGCCAGUACUGGAUUUCGAUCGCCUGGACUCUGAACAAUGGACCGAGGAAGAGUUUCGAAUGGAACUUUUCUGCGUUUUCUGCGCCAACAUCGAGAGGAACUCCAUCGGUGGUACGUUGAAAGACUACCUGAUCUCACUUGGAGUCGUUCGGGAUGCGCUGGAGUAUAUCGUGAAACACGCCCCGUGUGUGAAGCCGACGUUGGUGUGCACGGACUCUGACGAGCUUAAGGAGUUCAUCAGUCGUCCCGCACUCAAGUACAUACUGCGCUUCCUCACGGGACUCGCCGCAGACCACGAGCCGACGCAGAUGUUGGUGUGCGAGAAAGUGAUCCCGAUAGUGCACCGGCUGGAGCAGGUGUCGUCGGGCGAGCACGUGGGGUCGCUGGCCGAGAACUUGCUCGAGGCGCUGCGCUCCCAGCCACAGUGCGCCGCCAAGGUGCAGCAGGUCCGGGACUUCACGCGACAGGAGAAGAAGCGGCUAGCGAUGGCGGUCCGCGAGCGGCAGCUGGGCGCGCUGGGCAUGCGCAGCAACGAGCGCGGGCAGGUCACCGCGCAGUGCUCGCUCACGCAGCAGGUCGCCGACCUCGCCGAGGAGAACGGCGCCGUCUGCUGCAUCUGCCGGGAGGGGUACAAGUACCAGCCCACUAAGGUGCUAGGUAUCUACACGUUCACGAAGCGGUGCCCGGUGGAGGAGUACGAAGUGCGCGCGCGCAAGACGCUGGGCUACACCACGGUGUCGCACUACAACAUCGUGCACGUCGAGUGCCACAUGGCCGCCGUACGACUCGCGCGCGCCAGGGACGAGUGGGAGAGCGCAGCCCUGCAGAACGCGUCGACGCGCUGCAACGGGCUGCUCCCGCUGUGGGGGCCGCAUGUACCCGAGCCCGCCUUCGCCAGUUGUCUCGCACGACAUACCACCUACUUACAGGAAUGCACGGGUCACCGCGACAUCGGGCACACGUGCACGCUGCACGACCUGAAGCUGUUGCUGGUCCGCUUCGCGCGCGGCCGCACCUUCCACGACGACACCGGCGGCGGCGGGCCGCUGUCCAACAUGCAGCUAGUGCCCGCGCUCGUACACAUGGCGCUAUACGUCAUCAACACGAGCCGCGUGGCAGCCCGCGAGGUGUCAGCGCUGGAGGCGUCGCUGGCCUGGGCGCCGGCGCGUCUGCUGGAGUCUGCGCAUGAUGCGGAGGGCCCGCUCUACUUCCUCACGCUUAUGCUAAUGCUCUACCCACACGCUAAAUGGCGUGCAGUGAAGGUGGACAUGUUGAAGCGCCUGCUAGUAAUAGGUCACGUCCGCGCGGUGGCCCCGGCCGGGCCCGCCAUGCGCGCGCUGCCCGCCGACCACCGCGCCGUCAAGCAGUGGCAGGACUACAAACCCUACGCGCUCUUCGUGGCCAUCAUCGACCAGCUGUACACUGUCAUGUUUAAGAACGUAAGCGCGACAACAGUAGAUCAAUGGCCAGUCAAACUAGCAGAAUAUAUCCGACACAACGAUGAAGCGAACGGCAAGGCGGCCGAGCGUAUAGUGACCAUGCUGACGGACGAGCUGCUCCCCUGUGCCUCGUUCGCGGAGUUCUGUGACGCGGCCGGCUUCUUGGAGGACAUCCCCGAACCCGACGCCUUCCUACAGACCCUCAUAGACGAACAACCUUGAGAGUGGCCCGCGCCACCGCACUGCCUUGGUUACAACGGGUGCAUGGCCAUCUAACAAAAACAUUUUUGACAAAUUGAUUUUGUAGCUCCCUAGAAAAUAGCUUGUGUACUCAAACUUAUUACUCAAUUAUGCCGUAGUGUUAGCACUAUUCGAUGUAUUUCAAAAGAUAAAGUGGUGUCGUGAGAUGGCACAUGAAACAGUUCAGUCAACAAGGCCGUGGCCGUGUCAUCCCUUCACUGUCGGCUCCAUGUUUCUUACGUUAUCACGUAAUUAAUCUCACCUAACACAUGACUAUGCUUCUAGUAUUCUAAUAUUCUUUCUUCUUUUCCUGUCCUUCCUAUUGCUGUGUUAUUUAAAUAAUGUCAAAUUAUCUUGUAUUGUAUUUAAAAAUGUUCAUGCUUCUAUUGUAAUUGCAGUUUGGAAUUACUUCAAUAAAAUAGAAUCUGCUUCAGUUCUGAGUUU